UGAAGAAGCAGCAACAAAGGGGCAGGAUGGAAUAAAAAAAAGAAGCAUUUUAUUGCUCUUCACACGUCUGUUUGGAGCAUCCCAUAAGCAGAGCACCAGUGAAAACACAUACAUAUGAUAUAUAUAUAAAAUUCCUAUACAUAUAUAUCAAAUUAUGCCUGUUUUCAAAGAAGCUGAAGCCGGACAUGGACUCAACUGACAGCAAAGUGAAUCCAUUGCACGGAGGAUAAUAUGCAACAUUUGCUUACAAAGUGUUGCAUAUUAUUGCUUUGAGAUUGUUUUUGCUCAGUGGAGGAAAAUGAAUAAUACAUUGAUGCCAAUGGAAAAUUUGAUCUGAAAAACUGGCAAGUGAGUAAUUAAGGCAACUAAAAUAUCAUCAUCAACAACAACAACAACAACAACAACAACAACAGCAAAGAGCUGCCGUUGCAGACAGUCCUAUAUUUCCAAAAAAAAGAGGGGCUUCUUUUGAAAACAGGAUAUUUUUUUUGGUCCGUCCUCGUCUGCCGUUUGUCUGUCGCAUCUCCACUUGUCUCUGUCGUCCCAGUUGGCUUGAGGCGUGAUAUUCCCGCAAGGCUUGUGCCAGUGCGUCGCUGAAAGUGCAGAGGGCAAUCCACAGGCUCUCUGACCCCCCGAGCUGGGGCAAAAGAGAGGAGAGGGUGAGCUAAAUAGUUGAAGGGAGACGCAGGGAGAAAGAUCAGAGGUGGGAUUGAGACUGAGAUUAAGAUCGAAGUGUAAACACAGAGACUUAAUCAAGAACUGAGCCAAAAGCAAGCCAGGGAAAGAGGAGCAUCAAAGAACAAUCCGCUUUGUGGGACCCUCCUCUCCGCCUAAGUAAUUCCACCGCUUUCUCUUUUUUUUUUUACAGCUUCUGUUGGAUGCAGCAGCACUAAGACAUUUAGGUUUGAGAUUCAGAAUCACAACAUCAGCCCUUCCCAUUCUCUCUCUUUCUCCUCCCCUUUCCUCUCUUUUUUUCCAGUCUGAGCACUUGAAGGGCAGUACUGAGUGGGUGAUAGACAGCGAGUACCCAGCUGGUGUCCUGGGUCCUUUAGAGACCCAGGGAUUCCACAGGGGGAAGGGGGGGGUGGGCUUUUCAGUGGAACAGCAGCAACAGGAGACACACUGAGCACAAAAAGCCACCGGACUCCUCGUGUGUCACUGAAAACCUACACUGACACUGACAGACCGCCGUCAACAGAGGGAUCUGUGAUCGCAUGUGUGAGGGUGUUUGCGUACGUGCGUGACAGAAAAACACGCCUCCAGUGCAAGAGGGAUGUUUCUGAUCACCAUGGGAUUUCUACUUGGCAAGAUCACGGAGUAAUGUUUUAAAAAGUGUAAAGUGUAGUUUUUUUUUACCUGUUGGAGUUUUGACUGGAAAUAGGAGCCUGCACUUUUCUUUUUCUUUUCUUUUUUUCUUUUUUACUAUUCAAUCAUUCACUGAACAGAAACUGGAACCACACUUUUUAACCAAAGUGGACAGAGGUGGCAGUGAGACGAUGCCCACCACAAAAAUAAAAAAGCUCCCACUGAACUGUGACACUGAAGGCAGGAGGAUAAGUGCAAGUUAAGCUCUGAGAGAGAGACAGAGAGAGGAAAGUGGAGAACUUGAGUUUUUUUGUCUCCAGACUUGAGCUUUAGAGUUGUUAUCCACUCAGGAAUACGAAUACAUCUCUGGAGUAAAACAAAAAAAAGAAACCUCUCUUGUGGGAGCCCAUGACAAUCUGAGUUUGAGAGGAAUCUGGCUUCUUGUUUUUCCGCUACUGACGCCAGGAACUUUGAAUUCUCUCUCUUUAUCCCUCUCUGCACGGAUUAUUUAUCCACUCUGCAGGGGAGCUUUUUGCUGGAAAUGUCAGUGGCACAUCCAUUUGUAGGUAUCAUGCUCUCCUAAACGGCAUUCCCGCCAAGACACUGUAUUGGGAUUUAUCUACAACCUCGUCUGCUGUCAGCGCAAGACACAUGGCUUUGUGAAAGGUGACAUUUCCCUGAAAUUUAGAAUAUCACACACACACACACAAACACACUCACACACACUUAGAGCUGCAGCUACUCAUUUACAGUGAAGCAGGGACUGUGAUGUGUCUGUGCUUGUGAGCACCUGCUCACAAGGGACUCAUUCACUCCUAUUAGAGGCAUGUUAAGAUGGGAGAUUGAUUUCUUUCACCCACUUGGUCCUCUGCCCUUGGACAACAAUGUUCUGUAACUGUGUGUAGUAAUAACUCCCACAGCACUAAUUGAGUGGUGUUGUGUUUCUCUUGUCUGCACAGACAUAGACACAUUUGUGUAUUUAUCCCUAGUGUUUUCUAAUAAAUCAGUAUAGAUUGGAUAUAUUUGACUUUCGAUUACUUUUUUUUUUUUUAACCUUGGAGCUUUUUGCACAUCAACUCUGAGUCGUCCAGUACAAUGGAGCAUAAGAUGGCCAUCACCAUGUAUCCGCUCUUGAUGAGCUUUUUGCUGGCUGUUCUCCUGGGUUUGACUUCUCUGCCUGAACUGGGCUCUUGGUCAUCAGGUCAGGCUUUGGCCCAGAUCUUCAGCAACAACCUGACUACAGAAUCCUCUAUGGUGCCAGAGGCUGCCCUGGCUACACCCACGCCAGACAUGGAGGACAAACCAGCUCCCGCUGGCAGCAACCGAUGCUGGGGUUACUAUGAUGUCAUGGGUCAGUGGGACCCGCCGUUCAACUGUAACGCAGGUAUCUACAUGUUCUGUUGCGGCUCCUGCUUUUACCGCUUCUGCUGCCAGUUCAAAAUUCACAGUCUGGACCAGACUUCCUGUUCCAACUACGAUACGCCUGUGUGGGCGAACACUGGGAAACCGGUGGCACCUGUCACUGAGGCUCAGCUGCCACCAGACCGGGAUCGGACCCACAUGAUCGUGUAUAUUAUCUGUGGAGUGGUGGCCAUCAUGGUGUUGAUCGGGAUUUUCACCAAGCUCGGUCUGGAGAAAAGUCAAGGAGGACAGGCUGACAUGACCAACUCCAGGACUCUGACAGAGCUUUUAAAGCAGCCAGGCGAGGCCGGAGCGGUGGACGGAACUGGGGUUCACCAUCCUCUGGGGACCAACGGCAUUUCUGCCCGGGUGAUACGCUCCAACAACGGAUUACCAGGACAACCUCAAACCUCAUCAAGAUCAGCUGAGAUUGGCGCCAGCGCCCCACACAACCCUCUUGUGGAGGAUAAAGUGGUAGAAGAUGAGUGA